AUGACUGCUGAUAAAGCACGCUCCAUGCUUUUGGAAGAGAAGAGAAAGCGGGGAAAGAAGACUGGGGCGGGGGCUGAUAGGCCUUUGUGUAGGACUUGUGGAAAGCUUCAUGGACCCACAAUAUGGUACUGGAUGAACUCUGUCAAUCGAUCGUUGCACAUGACAGCAAAAGCAGAGACAGCAACAGUAUGUCUGCCCAAUGAUACUGCAGGCGCCGAAACAGGAGCAUUUUACAAGGGUCUCGACGAGCCUUACAAAGACAGAGAAGGCUUUUGUCGUCACCUGAAUCAACCUUGCGUGAACUUGAAAGCAAAUCCCGGCUACUUGGACGAAUCUUGA